AAUUAACUUAACCUCUAUUUCGGUGGAGGCACGUGUUUACAAACGAAGCAGCAUUGUGUUAGGUGUUUUUGAAAGGCUGUGAUUGAACUACAUAUAAAUACGUGAUGGCAGGGCCACGCAAGAAGAAGUUUGAGUCUGGUGAGGGAGCAACUUACAUAUCGCGUAGAAAGGCCAUACGUAAGUUGCAAGUGUCUAUGAACACAUUCAGAACGCUAUGCAUUCUGAAAGGCAUCUACCCGAGGGAGCCGAGGAACAGGAAGCGCGCCCAAAAAGGCGACAUGACCAUCAAGACCUUGUACCAUGUUAAAGACAUCCAGUUCUUGAUGAACGAACCAAACAUUUGGAGGCUCCGUUCCAUGAGAGUGAUCUCAAAGAAAGUUGCCAAAGCCAGGGCCAUCAGAGAUAAAGAAACAGUCGGCAGACUUUUAGAUAAAUUCCCCAAAGUAGAACUCGAUCACAUCGUCAAAGAGAGAUAUCCGACAUUCAUUGAUGCAUUGAGAGAUUUGGACGAUUGCUUAACUUUAUGCUUCCUGUUCAGCAGUUUUCCAUCCAUGAAACACUUGCCUAAAGACCAAUCAGCAAUGUGCCGCAGAUUAACAACUGAAUUUUUACAUGCAAUCAUUGAAUCUAAAUCCUUAAGGAAAGUCUUCGUUUCAAUCAAGGGUUACUAUUUCCAAGCUGAGAUUAAGGGACAAACGAUUACAUGGAUUGUACCGCAUCAGUACGGUUUUGAGCCACAACAAAGAAGUGAAGUCGAUUUUAAAUUGAUGUCCACAUUCGUUGAUUUCUACAUCGUGCUUUUGGGAUUCGUCAACUUCAGGUUGUACAGCGGUUUAAAUCUGUUCUAUCCACCGAAAUUCUCUUGCAUCGAGGAUCAAUCGGAGGAAGAUAAGAAAUUGGUUGAUGAGCAAGUGUUUAUCUCGGAGCGCGUCGCUGCUUUGAAUUUCCCGCUUUCCAAGACUUCAACGGCUACCGAAGAGGACGACGUGAAUUUGGAUGAAUUCACGGAUAUUGAUAAUCCGGAAAAGAUGGAAGAGAUCCGUAAGGAGGCUGAGGCUGUCAAAGGAUUGAAGUCGCUUUUCAAGGGAUUGAAAUUCUUCUUGAAUCGCGAAGUUCCUCGUGAGAAUUUGGUGUUCAUGAUUCGUUGUUUCGGUGGGGAAGUUUCUUGGGAUAAAACGCUCUUCGUUGGGUCAACUUACAACGAGGACGAUGAGAGCAUCACGCAUCAAAUCGUGGACAGACCAAUGAAGGAUAAGCAGUACAUUUCUAGGUAUUACAUCCAGCCGCAAUGGAUCUUCGACAGCGUCAAUGCGCGUCAACUGUUACCUGUGAAUAAGUACUUCAUCGGAGCCGUCCUUCCUCCACAUCUGUCUCCAUUCGUCGAUAAAUUCAGAGAAGACAGUUACGUUCCACCAGAAGAGAAGGCGCUCUACGAUUCAGAGCUUCUAGAGAAGAUGCACAACGAAAUUAACUCAGAGGAUGAAGCCGAAAUAUCCGACGCCGCUAUUUCCGAUAAUGAAGACGAAGCCGAUCUAAACGAGGAUUCAGAGGAGGAAGACGAAUAUCCGGAUGAUGUUAUCAUGGAAGACGGAUACAAAUCUGAAGAACCGAAGAAAUCGAAGUUGUCGGUGAAAGCUGGUGAAGUUACCAAGGAGAAGCCGUAUUCUAAGCUGAAGGAGGAUCGCGCCGAUUACAAGUUGCGCGAGAAGAUGAUCAAGGGUAAAUACAGGAAGAUCUACAACGACAUGAUGAUCACGAAGAGGACGAAGAGCAAGGAGGCUUUGCUCUUGAAAAAGAAGAGGUCCCAGCUGGACAAGCAGGCCGUGGAGGAUAAGAAACAGAAGAAAAAGACGAAGACGAGUAAAUAAUGUUUUGCAUCAAACAUUUACUAAAUAGAAUAAAUCUUCAUUUUUUUUAUUAAUUAACUUAUAUUUAAGAAAGUUAUAUUUGUAGGGUACAAACAAACACAUUAAAUAAACGUUGUAUUACAAAUUCA